UAACACGCUCUCUCUCUUCCUCUCUAAAAAGUUAGAACCAAGAGCCCUUGCUUUUCAAAGUUUCAUUUUCUCUACUUGUGUUAGCUAACGUGCGCGCUCUGACACUGCUUAUCGUGCGCCGUCUGAGAUAUGUCGCCGGCGGCAAAAAUCACAACAUUAAUAAGAAUAUCGCGGUACAGGAGGGCCCAGUAAGAAAAUCAUCAGACGGUGGGGGCUAGUGGGUUGGAUUGGAUCUCCUCCCAGGGACCCAUCCCAACAAGCAAGGAAAUGGACGCUCAAAAAGGCAGCCAAACGAAGCUUACAAGAACUCAGUCUUCACUCCGUUCAUCUCCCACUAUCCGAUCAUCCAUUCACAGCUUAACUUCUGUAGCCGAAGAGGACGUUAUCAAAGCCCAGCAGCAACAACAGCAAAAACUAGAAGAUGAUUUAGAAGAACAGAAAAAAAUAAAGCCGAACCGGUGUGGUUCAACCCUAAGAAGAACUGGUUCGACCCGGUUCACUGCAGUUUUCACUAUGGUCUCGCUCAUUUUUUUCACCUUUUUCUCUCUUUCCUUCUUUUUCUUCUUCUACUUGAGAAGAGAAGAAGUAUCCACAUCAGAGAAUCUUUUAUUGGCUUUGAUUUUCAUUGCCGUAACGCUGUUCUUUGCAAGCAAGAACAAGAACUUAAUCAACCAGAAUAUGAUAGUUUUCAAGCAAUUAUGGGAAGUGAACACAAAAAGAUUCAGUCUUUGUACUUCAAGAACCAAAUCAAAGCAAGUUCAAUGGUUUAUUGGAGACCCCAAUGUUAACAACAACAAUAAGGAUAAGAAGUUAGAGAAGAGGAUUAUAAGAGAAGGAGUGGAAUUUUAUAGCAAUGGGGAUUUUUAUGAAGGAGAGUUUCAUAAAGGGAAGUGUAAUGGGAGUGGGGUUUAUAAUUUCUUUGUGAAUGGGAGAUAUGAAGGUGAUUGGGUUGAUGGAAGAUAUGAUGGGUAUGGAAUAGAGAGUUGGGCUAGAGGGAGUAGAUAUAGAGGGCAAUAUAGACAGGGUUUAAGGCAUGGUUAUGGAGUCUAUAGGUUUUAUACAGGGGACUCUUAUGCUGGUGAAUGGUUCAAUGGGCAGAGUCAUGGUGUUGGAGUGCAGACUUGUGGUGAUGGGAGUUGCUAUGUUGGUGAAUUCAAGUGUGCGGUUAAACAUGGCCUUGGUGUUUACCAUUUCAGAAACGGAGAUAGAUAUGCUGGAGAAUACUUUGGAGACAAAAUGCACGGCUUUGGUGUUUAUCACUUUGCCAAUGGCCACUGCUACGAGGGAUCAUGGCAUGAAGGACGGAAGCAAGGCUAUGGCAUGUAUACCUUCCGUGGUGGCGACACUAGAUGUGGGGAAUGGGAUGUUGGUAACCUCAGGACCUCUCUACCCCCUGUAACUGAUCCAGUCCUUCGAGCUGUACAGUCUGCCAGAAGAACAGCAGAAAAUGCCAUUCACUUGCGCAGGGUGGAUGAACUAGUGAACAGGGCAGUUCAUGCCGCAAACAGGGCCGCAACGGCAGCUAGAGUUGCUGCUGUCAAAGCUGUUCAAAAUCGGAUGGAUGGCAAAUUUUGCGAUACUAAUGUUUGACCUUAAGCUUUUGUGGAAAAUGUAAAUUUACUAAUUUUAUGCGCUUGGAAGAUGUCACCCUGAUGAACAAAAGCUCAUUGGAGGUUGAGAAGAGUGUUUGAGCCUUCUUUUGUCACGACGCCGUAACUUGUACAUACUCCAUGUAUAUCAAUGGAAUUAUGAUCACUUUUCAA